GAUAAUUCCCUUAUCAGCAAACAGCGUAACCCGGUCUGGUCACACCGAAUGGGGGGUCUUGAAAGUUGGUUUUUUUAAAACCCUCCGUCCCCAAGUCAAAAAAAAACCGUCGAACCGAGCAGACCGCAGACCGCUUUGCGCCGGCAAAAUCGAGGAAAUCGUUGCUGGGUAAAAGUGUGCGAGGUUUAUUUAACAAAACGUGUAACGCGUGCGUUGAACGCCCAAAUAGUUUGGCCAGCAAUUUGCCAGAGGAGGCGCAGCAAAACUGCACAUACAAUAAACCCUGCAACACAGCCAGAUAGAUCCACCACCUCCAGAUCCGACCCACCAGCCACCACCAGCCACCAGCACAAUGAUCAACAUGGACAUCAGCGUGACCCCCAACUACUCGUACAUCUUUGACUUCGAGAACGACUUCAUCCAUCAGCGGACACGCAAAUGGAUGCUAGAGAACUGGACAUGGGUGUUCUACUACUGCGGCAUCUACAUGCUGGUCAUAUUCGGGGGUCAGCACUUUAUGCAAAAUCGGCCGAGAUUUCAACUUCGCGGUCCUCUGAUCAUAUGGAACACAAUGCUGGCCAUGUUCAGUAUCAUGGGAGCUGCCCGAACUGCCCCGGAGCUGCUCCACGUCCUACGUCACUACGGACUCUUCCACUCCGUCUGUGUGCCGAGCUACAUCGAACAAGAUCGCGUGUGUGGCUUCUGGACCUGGCUCUUUGUACUCAGCAAGCUACCAGAGCUCGGAGAUACGAUAUUCAUUGUGCUCCGCAAGCAGCCCCUGAUCUUCCUGCACUGGUACCAUCACAUCACUGUGCUGAUCUACUCGUGGUUCAGCUACACGGAGUACACCAGCUCGGCACGCUGGUUCAUCGUGAUGAACUACUGCGUCCACUCGGUGAUGUACAGCUACUAUGCCCUGAAGGCGGCCCGCUUCAACCCGCCCAGAUUCAUCGCGAUGAUCAUCACGUCACUGCAGCUGACGCAGAUGAUAAUCGGAUGUGCGAUCAAUGUGUGGGCCAAUGGAUUCCUGAAGACGCACGGCACCCAGUCAUGUCAUAUUUCGCAGCGCAACAUCAAUCUCUCCAUCGCCAUGUACUUUAGUUAUUUUGUCCUGUUUGCGCGCUUCUUCUACAAGGCUUACCUGGCGCCCGGCGGUCACAAGGGCCGGCGCAUGGCCGCCUCCCUGGCGGCCCAGAACGCUGUCAAGCAGUCGAGCAGUCCGCCCCAGGACAACACAGUCACCUCGAAGUUUGGUAUCGGAUCGGCUGGUGAGGAUCAGGCCGCCUAUCUGCGCAAGACCAAGGCGCAGUAGAGGAAGAGGAUCCUAAUCCUAACCUUCUUACUACUACCAAUCCUACCAUUUCCCAAUCACUCUCCCCCUGUUAACGGCUAAGGACAUUUAUUUAUGUAGCGGUGUACGAGUUGUUUUUUAAUUUUAAUCCCGGGUGGCAAACACACACACACACUAUACACACUGAAACUGAAACUGAAACUGAAAAAAAAAAACACACGUUUUAGGUCGUCGGGGAGACAGUUUAAUUAAAUUUAAGCAUAAAGUUGUACCGGAUCACAGGACACAGGCAUGCUAGCAGUGUAUAUAAGAAAAAUGGAUUAGAAAGCCAAGGAUAUGGGGGUUUCAUCAGGAAGUAUAGCAUUAAACCUUCACACACCUCAGGCAUUGAUUUAAAAUCUGUAGAACUUCUACCAUAUAAUAGGAAUAUAAAAAAAAAAGGAUGCUUGCUUCUUGAGAUUUUGAGAGUCCCCUGGAAGAGUCAAGGAUGCAGGAUACUCCUACAGGUUCUACAUGCCAGUUCCAGGACGUGUGUUGUCAAUCCCAAAGUCAUAUAAUAUAUAUAUAAAUAUAUAUAUUUUUGUAAUAUAUCAUUUGCAGAAAGAAAAAAAGAUAUUUUGUGUUGCCUCCCCCGAAAAAUUUAGCAAAAAUUAUAUCCAUUUUUUAGAGUGCUUUUCCAAAAAAAAAAAAAAAACAAAAACACAUUUCAGUAGUUUUUGGGUCUGAGAACUUUGUACUCUUAAGUCUAUACGCAUAUAUAUAUUUAUAAACCCUAUAUUAACGAAAUAUUAAAGAAAAGAAAAAAAACAAAAAACCAAUAACAGAAAACUAUAAGUUAGUUUAUUGUUCCAAGAUCCAGAGCGCAAAUUGUUAUUCUAAUGUUUGAAAAUUUUCAAAAAAAAAAACAAAAAAAAUCUGAAACUCUCUGCUUUCGUAGUUCGAAAAUUGUCAAUUUUGAGGAAAAAAAUGGUUCGAUUUAUUUCUGAAAGGGAAGGCAUUUAUUUAGUUUUGAGUCUCUGUUUUGAAUGCAUUUUUUUUAUAAUUUAAAAUCAGCUGUUUGGUAACUUGCUUAGAAAAACAAAAAACAAAUAGUUUCUACAAAAAACAAAAACAAAAAAGUCCUUGAACGUAACAAAAAAGAAAAACAUAAAACACAGAGAAAAUGAAAAAUUAUAUUUAUAUUUUUAAGAAAAAAAAAAUAAACUAAAAAAAAAAACAAAUACAAAAGUGUGGGAAAAUGGAAAAAACAAAGAGAUACCAAGAAAUUGAAAAGAAAAAAAAAGUCCUACUUGAAAAGUUAGUUUAGUAACGGUAACUGAAAAUGAAGCUGAAAGAGGAUCGUGUGAAUGAACGUGGGAGAGAUAGUUGGAGAGUUUUGCUCUGAGAGAUAGUUUUGGAGAGAAAGUGAAAUUGAAACGAACAAAUUUGAAAUUUUUGUCGGGUAUAUAUACUAAACAAAAAACUAAGCAUAACAAACUAAAGAUGGAAAAUGAUAAACCAACGGAUAAAUAAAACGUAACAAAUGGAAAAAGGAUGAAAGAAA